AUGGCAGAAGACGCAAAGCGGCCAGACGCACCCGAUAUCGGGAAGUGUACUCCAAAUGACGAUAAACAUUCCGAGAACGCGAAUGCACCAGAGGUUCCAGAUGGUCCAAGAGGAGGGUCCAAAGCCGAAGACAUCAACGGUUCAGUCCACAGCACUCAACGGGCUUUAUUGGGUCGAUUUGAAUUGAAUACUAGAAGACUCCAACGGCUCCUGCGAGAUUCCGCAGGGCAGGACUGUGUCCUUGCGAGCAUUGAAUAUCUGUCCCACGCGCUACACCAUCUGGCUCUUUCCCCUUAUUGGAUAAAACUCCGGAAUGCCCUAACAAGCCUGCGAUACCGUCGGAAAGGCCACAAUGCACAACCGGUGCCUAAUCGACUCGCUCACAAUCCUCAGGGUCAUUCAACGCUUCUGGCUCUGUCUGCCCUCUUUAGCAAUGCUCGCUACACCUUGAGGCUAUUUGGCCUCUUCAAUAUAUGGACAGAAGUGCCGAAUCUAUUUCAAUCCCCAGUGAAGGACCGUUUUAUACGAGGCAUAGAUGUCGCACAGAUCUUCACAAUCACAGCAUACCAACUCUUGGAGAAUAUCGGCCAUCUCGCGGCAAAUAGGGUCCUAUCGCAGAAAGUGAUCGGUUCGGAGAGCAAGAUGGAAAAGUUCUAUAUUUGGGGCGCCCGAGCGCUAUUCUUACAUUUUGUGCUCGAGCUAAUGAAGCUAAUGAGGGAGGCGCGGCUUGGGAGAUUAGCGAGGGCAGAAUCAAAGGACAGAGAUGUGGCUUUGGCAGAAAUUGAUGGAGAUUCAUUAGGGCAAGGCUGGGGUAAAAGACUAUGGGGAAGUUCAAUAUGGGGGCUGCUAUGUCUGUACUGGAGCUGUGGCCAGACAAUCCCGCUGGUGGAGGAGACUUCUGGUGGCUUCAGCUUCCUGGCCGACUUUUUCAUGUUGACAGACAGCUGGAUGCAAACGAGGACAUAA